UUAUUAUUAUUAUUAUUAUUAAUAUUAUUAUUAUUAAUGUAAUUAUUGUAAUAUUCUGUACAAACUGCAGAUGAUAAAUGCAAUAAAAAUGUUGCAUGUGUGAAACCAGUUUGCUUGUUUUAUUGAUAAUCAGUCGACUAGAACUCUUGAUUUCCUUCAUUUACCGACUUAAGUGUGAAAGUUGAGUUGUGACAUCACGACGAUGUGAAGAUGAGACGAUGAAGUCGAGGAUUUAUUUCCUGUGAGGUUUCAGUAGAAACUGCUCGCAGCUGUUUGAAGUGAGUUUCUUCAUGAAGCUUUUGAUGAGCUGCACGUGUUCAGCAGAUUGUUGGAGGAACACAGAUAAGUUUUUAUCUCUUUCCUGUUACUGUUUUACACGUUAUAAUCAAUAAUCAGUGAUAAUUUCUCUCUGCUACAUCAGCUUACACACCUGAACAGGUGAGAAGUCCCUCCGUGUGUGUGUGUGUGUGUGAGUGUGUAAUGGUUAAUGAACUUGUUAAUCUCUGUGGACUUUCACCUGAAGCACUUUAACACACUCAAACACACACUCUCUCUCUUCAGUUGCUGCUCAGUCAUUCAGGACAUCAGACAGCCGGAGCUGAAAUGGAAGACAACUGUGAGAGUCAUGAUUACCUGGGAGAUCAGCAGAGCCAGAAGGUGGUCAGGAUUAAUGGACCAAUGGGAGAAGACAAAAAGACUGAACAGCCAAAAGCACCGCCGAAGGCGGGGUCAGACAUGAUUUACACCAUAGAGGACGUCCCACCAUGGUACCUGUGUAUCCUACUGGGACUACAGCACUACCUGACAUGCUUCAGCGGCACUGUAGCGGUACCGUUCCUCCUGGCUGAAGCCAUGUGUGUGGGUCAAGACCAGAACACCGUCAGUCAGCUGAUCGGAACCAUUUUCACCACCGUGGGAGUCACCACCCUGAUCCAGACCACCGUGGGAGUCAGGUUGCCUCUGUUUCAGGCCUCUGCGUUUGCAUUCCUGAUUCCUGCACAAGCAAUUCUCGGUCUGGACCGCUGGAGAUGUCCCAGUGAGGAGGAGAUUUAUGGGAACUGGAGUCUUCCACUCAACACCUCACACAUCUGGCACCCCCGCAUCAGAGAGAUCCAGGGGGCCAUCAUCGUGUCCAGUGUGGUGGAGCUCGUGGUCGGUCUGUGCGGGUUGCCGGGUUUGCUGCUGGAAUACAUCGGCCCGCUCACCAUCACUCCGACCGUGUCACUGAUCGGCCUGUCAGUGUUCAGCACAGCUGCAGACAGAGCCGGGACUCACUGGGGCCUCUCAGCACUGUGUAUGUUGCUCAUUGUGCUUUUCGCUCAGUACCUGAGGGCGACAUCAGUUCCUGUUCCUGUUUACAGGAAGAAGAAAGGACUGACCUCCACCCGAGUCCAGAUCUUCAAGAUGUUUCCCAUCAUCCUCGCCAUCAUGUUGGUCUGGCUGGUUUGCUACAUCCUCACCCUGACCGACAUGUUGCCAAGCAACCCUGAACGCUACGGACACAAGGCCCGGACCGACGCCCGUGGUAACAUCAUGGCUUCAUCACCCUGGUUCAGGAUACCCUAUCCCUGCCAGUGGGGGUUGCCGGUGGUAACGGUUGCUGGGGUGUUGGGGAUGCUGAGUGCCACUCUGGCAGGCAUCGUGGAGUCAAUUGGUGAUUAUUACGCCUGUGCCCGUCUGUCUGGAGCCACACCCCCUCCGGUCCACGCGAUCAACAGGGGAAUCUUCACUGAGGGCUUCUGCUGCAUCAUCGCUGGCCUUUUAGGGACAGGAAACGGCUCCACCUCCUCCAGCCCAAAUAUCGGUGUUCUGGGCAUCACAAAGGUGGGCAGCAGGCGGGUGGUGCAGUACGGAGCAGGCAUCAUGUUCCUGUUGGGAUCAGUAGGAAAGUUCACGGCUUUGUUCGCCUCGCUGCCAGAUCCGAUCCUCGGAGCGCUGUUCUGCACGCUGUUUGGUAUGAUCACAGCCGUCGGUCUGUCCAACCUGCAGCUGGUGGAUUUGAAUUCGUCCAGAAACCUUUUUGUUCUCGGGUUCUCGAUGUUCUUUGGUCUGACUCUGCCCUCGUACCUGGACACACACCCGAAGUCCAUCAGCACAGGUGUUGCAGAACUGGAUCAGAUCCUGACGGUUCUUCUGUCCACUGAGAUGUUCGUUGGAGGUUUUAUAGCUUUCUGCCUUGACAACACAAUACCAGGUUCCCGACAGGAGCGGGGUCUGGUCGAGUGGAGAUCUUCAUCCUCAUCUUCCUCCUCCUAUGACCUUCCUCUGGGGAUGGGCGUGAUCAGGCGGACUCGCUGGCUGCAACGGUUUCCCAUCAGCCCCUCCUUCAGGGGUUGGCGGGCGUCUGACAACCUGCCCCCACCUGUGGAGGAGGACGAGGUGGAUGAGGGAGGAAGAGUAGGAGGGGAGGACGUAGAGGGAAAGGAAGCUGCUGACAUCAACCUGCCCAGUACCAAGAUCCCUGUGGCACGCCAGACCUCUGCAGAGCAGUUACAUCAACAGGAAAUGAUUUUAAUGAUGACCACAUGAAUGUAAAUCUAUUGUACAAUAUUUAGUAUUUAUCACAUUUUUAUAUUUGUGCAGUUUGUGCUAAAUGUUUAAACUUAUAGAACUUAAUUUUGUAUCAAUAUUUUGUAUUUUGAAAAGCUGUAAUUAUAUUCAUCAUUUAAUGUUAUGAUGUGAUUAUAUUGUGUUCUUAGACCAAACUGGCAGUUUCUCUUAUGAAAGACAAAAAACAAACAAAAUAAAGUAAAUUUCACUCUUUA